GCAACUGCGCCAACGUACCCGCCAGCACCUGCGCCGACGCGAUGUCUUCCGCUGACCACAAUGACCGCCUCCUUGCUCUUGUCGACGCGGGCGACACAGCAGAGAUGCAGGCCGCCCUCGCCGACCUCUCGGCUGAUGCCCUCGGAGAAUUCCUCGACGAGUGUCCGCUGCACCUGGCCAGCCGGAGAGGCCACGGAGAGGCGGUGGAGGCGCUGCUGGCUGCGGGAGCCGACCCCAACGGCCAGGCCGCCUUUGGGUGGACCCCCCUCCACUUCGCCGCGAGAGAGGGCCACGAAGCCCUGGUGGAGGCGCUGGUGAGGAGGGGCGGCGACCCCAACAGCAGGGACGCGUGGGGCAGGACGCCAAUGCACGUGGCGGCCGUUAGCGGACAGGCGUCGAUGCUGGAAGCUCUCUGUUGCUGCGAGGCGAAAGUGAACGCCGAGGACUCCGAAUGCGACACGCCCCUCCACAAAGCAGCUUCACAAGGGAAGCGUCCCGCUGUGGUCACACUCCUGGCGCUCGGGGCCUCCGUUUACAAGAAGAACAAGGAAGGAAGGACAGCGAAGGACCUAAUGGGGAUCACCUCCGCUCGGGAGUUCUUCUCCAUGGGUAGGGUACUGGCUGCAGUCGGGAAGGAGAGGACGAAAAAGUUACAGGAGGAACACGAGUAUCAAGUCUCGGAGAUGAACGAGAAGUUUACCGCCAAAGAGACGGAGGCAACCUGUCUGCAGAAGGAGGCCAGAGACCUGAGAGAAAACAUCAGGAAAAAAGAUGAGGAGAUCAGAUUGCUAAAGGAAAAACACGAGGAGCGAGUGUGGGACAUGAAUAGGAAGUAUUACGCGAAGGAGACGGAGGCGGCCGAUCUGCAGAAGGAAAACAGAGUCCUGAGGGGAUGCCUCGAAGAAAAAAAGAAGCAGAUGGGAUUGCUAAAGGAUGAAGUGUGGGACGUAAGCGGAGAAUAUGAAGCGAAGGAGGCCGAGGCAUAUGAUCUGCGGAUGGAAAACAAAGACCUGAAGAAAAAGCUAAUGGAAAAAAGAGAGGAGAUCAGAUCGCGGAUGGACCUGGGAUCCAAGAACGAAGAACUUGAAGCGAAAAUCGAUUUGCUUCAAGACAGGGUCACGUCGCUUGAAUCUUCCCAGAAACUACAUGUGCAAAGGAACCAGUGCCUAAAGACGCAGUUGGGAGAGAAGGAAAAGGAGCUUGCACAGGCCAAGGCAGAACACGCAAAAGAGGAGAAAAAUCUCAGAAGAAGGGCAGAGAGGAAAGAAGACGAGGCACAAGAGGCAAUUGAAGAGCAAAAUGAACUUCGUGAGAAGCUGAAGAAACGCAACAAAAAGAUCGAGACCCUGACGAAGCAGUUAAAAGAGAAAGACUGCAAGAUUAGAAACCUCGUUUCUCCGUUGCCAGACAAACUCAAGUCGGCGAAUUUGAGCAAAUUCUCGAGGGAAAUUCCGGGAAAAGUAGGCAGACAUGUGUCUUCACAGUCAGUAGGCAGGGACGGCUCAUGGCACGCAGCAAGCAGGAAAGCAAUAGCCAGAGAUGAGUCUCCACAAGGAGUAAGCAGCGAUGAGUCCCCUCAAGCAGAAGGCAGGAAUGAAUCUCCACAAGCAGUAAGCAGAGCUGAAUCCCCACAAGCAGCAGGCAGGGAUGAAUCUCCUCAAGCAGUAAACAGGAAUAAGUCCCCAAAAGCAGCCGGCAUGGAUGAAUCCCCACAAGCAACAGGCAGAUGUGAAUCUCCAAGCUGUGGUAGGGCUGAAUCCCGACAAGCAGCAGGCAUAGAUGAGAGAGAGAGCGCCAUUGAUAAGUAAACUAACCACGCCAUUUCUUGCCCUAAGAUGGAUAUUGCAUAUAAAACAGGGAUACCUUUCCCAUUCUCACGCCACACAGACACAUGUAUAUAUAUAUAAGUGAAUGUUUUCAUAGUUUUAUAUAUUUAUAUACAUUUACAUUCCUAUUUAUCUUCAUUCAUUAUGUGUUUUUAGAGAUCAAUUAAGUCUCUUUUAAAUGAAUUUAAAUGAUUUCGCCAUGUUCCCUUGAUAACGCCAUCCUCAUGGUCGCUACUAUAAAUUUGUAAUUAUAAUAAAUUUCAAAUAUUUACGUUUAUUCUCUCCAGGUCUAUUUUUAGAGAGAAAAGGGAAAUGAAAGUUUUAUUCUUUGCAUAAAUUCUUUGUCAAUUUAUGAUUAAUGUGAUAAAGACGCAGAUUGCAUGAAACACUCCUUUUACUGCUGUCUGAACAUUUCCUUCACAGAGAACUCAUGCUAAUGUCGCUGUGCUGUGCUAAUUCUUUCUGUGCCUAAUUUUCAUGUAUGCAACGCUGAUGCGGAUGUUUCAAAUAAGAGCAAACUUUUAUUUGUUUAUCAAGUUUUAUGGAAAUUUGCUGAUUCCAUGCUUACUCAAGAAAAGAUUACUUGUAACAAAAAUCGAUAAAGAAUUUUAGGAUAUUGAUUGCUUUUUCAACAUUUUCCAAGUUUCUUGUAAAAAUAAACCAAAAUACAUGUUUGAUUAAU